AUGAGUGGCUGGUUUGGUGGUGGGUGGCCAGCCGAGGAAUCGUCGUCCUCUGGAUCCUCGUAUUACAGUGGGGAAGGAGCGGAACGUCGACGGAGCAGUCGAAGCAGCGCAGGCCGACGAAGAAGCAGUCAAGGCCGACGCCGCAGCAGCCAUCGAUUACCACCGGUUGCCGACGAUGAUGCUUCCGAAUCCAACAACGUUUCCAAUUCUCAAAUGGAAGAGGAAAUUCGGUCUCUGCUGGAAGUCGGAACUCAAGUAGAGGUACUCUAUGCCAUGUUUCCUCCGCCUCUGGUAGAUCGUGUCGUCAAAACAGCAGCAGCAGCACAACCACAACCAGCAGAGAGCCAAGAAAGGAGGAGAUCCCAUCAGGAUGACGCGGCGGCAAGCCGUGGCAGCAGCCAUCACAGUGGUUCUGUCGGCAGUCGAAGUUACUACUCGGAGGAUGGUAGUCGCUAUUCACAAAGUCAGGGAAGCCGAAGCUACUAUUCGGAAGAUGGGAGUCAGGGAGGACACAGCAGAUAUUCAGGGGGUAGCCAGGGAAGUCGAUAUUCUGCUGGAAGUCGGGGCAGUAGAAGCAGAUACUCUGGUGGUGGCAGUCAUCAAGGGAGCAGAUACUCGGGGAGUAGUCAGGGAAGCCGCCGGGGUCGAUACUCGGGGGACGACGGCGGUCACCGUUCCGGCGGCAGCGAAAAAAGCCUCAGUCUUGGCGACAUUGAACAGGACAUUUCCUCGGGUGGAUACUCGGACGAAGCAAGCAGGAGUGCGGAGGAUAGUAGGCAGUCUUCUGGGGGAAGCCGCAGCAGAUACUCACGAGAUGGCAGUCGAUCUAGAUAUUCCCAGGAUGACAGUCGAUCUAGAUACUCAGGGGAUGGGAGUCGAUCCGAGUACUCAGGGGAUGGCAGUCGAUCUCGAUACUCAUCAGGGCGCGGCAGUCGAGGCAGUCGAGGCAGUCAAUCCAGAUACUCCGAAAGCGGAAGUCGUCACUCCGGUGACGAGGGAAGCCAGUAUUCUUGGCGCAGUGGUGGCAAUGUCUCUGGUGAGAGCCAGUUCUCCCAAAGUCACUUUGCCAGUGAGAACCAACUACCACCCAUUGACCAGGAUAGUCACCACCUUGGGUCGGACUCCAGAAGCGGAAGUCGUCAUUCUGGUGGUGAGGGAAGCCAGUAUUCAUGGCGCAGUGGCAGCCACGUCUCGGGUGAGAGCCAGUUUUCCAGGGGCCACUUUGCCAGCGAGAACCAACUACCACCCAAUAAUAGCCAGGAUAGUAACCGAUCACAGUCGGACAGCGGCAGUGAAGGAUGGCCGGUAUCCCCUGAGAACAGUGCAAAUGUAGGUCGGCCUGGCCAGUCUGGGGGUGACAAUCAACAGGAGGGUGACCGGCCCAGAGUGAAGGAUCCUCAUCAACAAGGGAGCCUCAGCGAUGCUUCGAUAGAGAUUGGCAGUCCUGGAGGAGGCAGUCAGCACAGUGGAGAUGACAGGAGUUACUACAGUGGCAGUGAUCGUGGCAGCUACUACAGCGGCAGUGGUAGCAGAAGCUACCACAGUGGAAGCAGAAGCUACUACAGUGGCAGUGGUUCAGAGGAUACAGCAUUUCUUCAAGACCAGAAGGAUAUUGAGCGAUUGCUGGACCUGGGGACUGAAUUGGCUGUGGUGGAGGAAAUGUUCACUCCUGAAAUUGUGGCACGUGUCAUAAGAAAGCGCCAACAGCAACAAGAAGAAGGGUCAUUCCCUGGCAGCUACUCAGGUAGCUAUUCAGGGAGCCAGAGUGGUAGUGAACGGCAUUUUGAUGAUGCUUCCAUGGCUUCCUCCGUAGAACGGCUUUCCGUUGUUGAAGAGGCCGAUAGCAGCCACCGACGAGAUGCAGAUGACGUUUCAGUGGCACCAAAUGAGCAUUCUCCAAAUUCUCUACUGGGUAGUGAAGAACCAAAGGCCAAGAGUGACAGCUCUGAAAAGAUUGAUGUGCAGGAUAUCCCUUUCAGCCGCGAAGGAGCCAAGGACCGGGAUGAACCAAUGACUCCAGGUUCUAAUGACAUGGGCAAAGCGGAUGCAAUUGAACUUGAUGCCGUCAGUUCGGUUCAUCCUGAUGAAGAAAUGAUUCAAGUCAAUGCAGACUCCCCAGAGUCAAAAGAUGACUCCAGAGGUAGCGUACCUCAAAAUAAUGCCAAAGAACUACAAUCCACUGAUCAGGAAAUGAAAGAUAAGGGAAGCGAUGAUGACUUGAGUCCCUAUGGUUCAGACUCAAUAGACGAUUCUGUUGAUAGUGCUUCUAUAGCUGAUGACCAGAUAGACACUCCACCGAAAGAGAAGGACCAAGGUUCUCCCGCAUCUGAUAUCGGAAUUGACAGUGAUGAAGAACAUGCUAGUGUAGGAGAAGGCAGUCAGCAAAGCAGAACUGAUCAUCAUAAAAGUCAAAAUGGUGAACCUGGUGAAGAUGACAGGAGUUACUACAGUGAUGAUGGCAGCUACUACAGUGGCAGUGGAAGCAGGAGUUACCACAGUGGGCACGGAAGUGGUGGCAGCAGAAGCUACUAUAGUGGAAGUGAUGGAAGCAGAAGCUACUUCAGUGGAAGUGGCUCAGCGGAUACAGCAUUUCUUCAAGACCAGAAGGAUAUUGAACGACUGCUAGAACUGGGGACUGAGUUAGCUGUUGUGGAGGAGAUGUUCACUCCUGAAAUUGUGGCACGUGUUGUAAGAAAGCGCCAACAGGACCAUAAAGAAGGAUCAUUCUCUGGGAGUCACUCAAGGAGCCAAAGUGUUGACGGCAGUGGUGUUGAUCAGAACUUGGAUGAUGCCCUUAGAUCGUCUUCGCAUCGCCAACAACCAAGUGCCAAAGGAAGCGAAAGUGACAGUCACUCGGAAGGGGGCAGCAUUUCUGUUGUGUCAUCUGAAUUGUCCCCAGAAGCAGUCAAUGACAGAGAAGGACAAACAAGCAGGACUGACAGUCCAGGUCAAGAGGUCCAUCAAGGUCUUCCCGGUGUGAAUCAAAACCAGAAGGUAGAUCACGAGGAUAUAGAAAAGCCAGAUACGCAAGUGCCGAUGGUCGAAACGUCAGAUGUUAAUGACAGCGGUUCUCAUCUGGUUCAAAUUGAACAAAGAGAUGGAGUGGAUGGCAGUGUCUUGGCUCCAGACGAUGAUAAUACCCAUGGUGCAGCAACAGCUGGUCAAGAGUCUGACCAAGAAAUGUCAUCUCAAUAUUCUCAAGCUAGCCCCGCCAAAGGAAAGGCCUUGAGUGACAAUGGUUCAGACUCAAUAGAUGACUCGGAUGAUAGCGCUUCUAUGGCCAAUGACCAGAUUGACACUCUACCAAAAGAGAACGACCAAGGUUCUCCUGCAUCUGAUAUGGGCAUUGACAGUGAUGAAGAACAUGCUAGUGUAGGAGAAGGCAGUCAGCAAAGCAGAACUGAGCGUAAAAGUCACAAUGGUGAACCUGGUGAAGAUGACAGGAGUUACUACCGUGAUGAUGGCAGCUACUACAGUGGCAGCGGAAGCAGGAGUUACCACAGUGGCCACGGAAGUGGUGGCAGCAGAAGCUACUAUAGUGGAAGUGAUGGAAGAAGCUACUUCAGUGGGAGUGGCUCAGAGGAUACAGCAUUUCUUCAAGACCAGAAGGAUAUAGAACGACUGCUAGAACUGGGGACAGAGUUAGCUGUUGUGGAGGAGAUGUUCACUCCUGAAAUUGUGGCACGUGUUGUAAGAAAGCGCCAACAGCAGCAUCAAGGAGGGUCCUUUUCAGGGAGCCAUUCAGGGAGCCAAAGUGGGAGAGAUGGCCGUAGUGUUCACACUGAUGAUGAUAGCCAUGUCCACCAGUCACCAACACUUCCAAAGAGUGGUGACAGGUCUAGGCAUGGUUCAGAUGGGAGCAUGGGAGCAAGCAAUGAGAGUAUGUCCGGACUUGAUGAUGAUUCAUUCAGUGAAGCACAUGAAGACCGAAUGGCAGCGAGAAAUGAAAGGGCUGGCUCUCUGGCAUCCACCAAAACUUCAGAGGGCAACCGAAUCCCGACUGGUGAAGCCAUGCAAUCCCCCCACGAAACACAUCCAACCCAAGGCGCAGGUGAGCACCAUUCUUUCCAUGUGCAAGACCAUGUAUCAGAUGAAUUGGCAGAUGGCAUCCGGGUCGAGGAUGGCCGUGACAGUCCCAGUGCUGCACACUCUGUAGACGGACACUCUGACGUUUCCCUUAGUGAUGGCAGUGAUUUCUCAAGGAGAUUAGAUGACACUGGACCUUUGGCGUCGCAAGAGAUGGAUGUUGUAUCGCUUGCUGAGUCUGCCCAUUCAGAUGACAAUGCUUCUACUGGAGACAUUGUGCCUGUGAAUACCUUUGCUGGGUCAGAGAAUCUGUCAUCGAGAGAUUCCCAGAUAGGCGUUCAAGAUGAGCCCGACAAAAUGGAUUCUGGCAGCGAACCACUUGACGACGUGGACAGCCUCGGAGAUAGCCAAUCUUAUGUGAGCAAAGGCAGUGGAUCGUUUAUUUCCAGAGAAGAUGCCAGUUCUUUGGGUAGCGGUGGUUCCCUGAGCGAUAGCAGCCUUGAAAGUGGCAGUUUUCCAUUGGAGAGUGGGGUAUCGGAUCAAGGGAGUUACUACGAUGAAAAGGACGGUAUUGGUGAUGACGAUGACAUUUCCAUGUCGAACCACGCAACGGAAUCUGAACCAGUGGAAGCACCUAGAUCAAUUGUGGGCCAACAUUCCCAAGAAUCCGGCUCCCAGCACGAUAGCAGCCACGAGGACAAGAGGGCACCAGAAGACGACGCAGACGCACCAUUUGGGCUCUCCUCAAGUAGGACUAGACAGGAAGUCGAGUCGAUGUCCUUGUCUCCAUCUGGAAACGACAGAGUCCAAACAGCCGAUGUCAGCGACGAGAAGCCACAGUCCAACGAUGCCAGCUUUCCGUCUGAAGUAGGAGAAUCCUCUCAAAGAUCCUUAUCCGAAGACCACAAAGGUGAUAGUGGCGGAGGGUCUGGUGCGGGAAACAACAUCAAGGGUGAGCUCGCAAGUAGGGAAUCAUCGUCUCGGCAUACUAUCGGUGGAGACAAUCAGUCGGGUUCCUCGAGUAGUCUGGAUUCUAGAGCAGAGGAUUCCUCGCGCGUCCCUUCCUUUGCCCUCGAAUCUGACCAUACUCUUUCGUCUGUUCAACCAACGCAAGCAAAUCAAACAAAUCAAACAAAUCAAAACGUGCGUGCAUCGGAGCGUGACUCUGUUUCGCGAGGUCAACAGCCGCAACAAGAAGGGCAUGGUUCGUUGUCCCGGUUGGAGCGAUCCAAUGGCCAGGCACCGUUCUCAGAAGAGAAUUCGCCCGGGCGCGAUGGGCGAGACUCUUUCUCUGGGUCUGAACAUUCUGAUGAACAUUCAAGGCAUUCUGAUGAAAAAUAUUCUGGACACUCAGGACGAGGAUCAGAAUCCGAGUACUCCAGUGUCCAAUCCAGGUACUCUGAUGACAUUUCUUCUCACUCCGGGACGGACAGCAAACACGAAGAUUCCUUUGCGAUGGAGUCACUUCACCAACCGAACACCCAACAUAGCAACAUCGCUCACAGCAGCACCACGUCCAGCGACCAAGUGGACUCUUUUGCUGUAGAGUCAGACCAUCCAUUGAUGUCGCAACAUAGUGCUCUAAACCAAAAAGGCGAAUAUGUCAAAAGCAAGGAUGGUGAUGAAGAGUCUGAGUCCAGCGAGUCCAGGGAAUCGAAGCAGCAAACUAGAUACCCAGGCAAGGAUUCCGUCGCCGAGAGUCAGAAGUUCAGCAGCGAGUCGCAUGAUUCGUACUGGUCGCACUCUGAAGCAACAUCAGCCAUGGACUCGUUCGCCAUGGAGUCUUUUUCAGAAUCUCGACAUGCAGCAGGUAAAACUGCGAACGCUCCUUUACCAAAUCCACCCAAUAUCCCAGAAGGGUCAUUUGACAGUGAUGAUGCAAGCCAAGAUGGGUCUUACUCUUCGAGAGGCGGCAGAUCUUAUUCGUCAAGAGGCGACGGGUCCUACUCGUCUAGAGGCGACCGGUCUUACUCUUCACGAGGGGAGAGAUCCUACUCUUCCAGGGGGGAUGGGUCGUAUUCGUCAAGAAGUCAAAGUUCCAGAAGUGAUCGCUCACGCGACGAAGCACGAGUUGAAGGUUCCAUGUCUACGUUUGACGAUUCAUCGAAUAUGGAUUCCUUCGCAAUGGAUUCAUUCUACAACGCGUCGAUGCACCAAAGUGCGCUCGACACAAACCAGUCCCAGGCAAACAUCCACGCCGACCAGACUGUUCCUCAAGACGCAACAAAUGCAGGAAUCGAGGACAGUAAUGCAGCCAAUGUCCAUGCAGUACCAGUAAUCAUCGAAGGGACAGACGAAGAAUCUCAGCAAACGAUCAGUCAAGGAGCAACCACCGACGACGACGACCGACAGCAGCCAGCUUUCGAGACGGCAAAAGAUGCACCAGAAGCACAGUUCUUGUCUAACCUCGGAUCUCAGAUUAACGAGCAGGAAUCUGAAGCUGACAAAAUUGAGUUCGAAAUCCAAGGUCUGCUGGAUGCUGGAACUCGGGUUGAAGUUCUUGAAGCCAUGUUCAGCCCAGAGCAGGUUGCACGCGUUCUGAACAGGUCAAAGCAACAAAGUGAUGAACGUCAAGCAGACGCCUUGAAGCAACCCAAGGAUGACGAAGACACGCCGGAGAAUCCAGACGCAGAACAGAAUGACAGGAUAGAAGGGCACAUCAAACCGUCCGACAACAGCAGCUACGGCGAUGAGUCACGCUCAGUAUCUAGCUAUGAAUCUAGCUCAGAAGAGAGUCACCUUCAGGAGAUAUGGAAUAAGAAGCCAGAGCCGAAAAGUGAUGAAUCAAGCGCGCGGAGUGAAACCAAAAACUCUGCAAAGAAAGGAAGAGGAUUCUUUGGCUUCUUUUCCAGAUCGGCAGGGAAAGACACAAAAGAUAGUGACAAGGAGAAAGUCACAGAAACUGAGGAAACGAACAAAGCGACGGAAACGACAGACAAGGGCAAAGGCGAUGGUGACAAAGAAAAACCUGCUGAUAUCACAGACACCGGCAAGACAGUGGAAACUGAAGAGGCUGGGCAUAACGAUGACGCUGCAAUAUUGGAAUUGUUCAACGCGGGCACGGACAGUUCUGUCCUUCAAGCAAUGUUCAACCCGGACGAUGUUUUGCGUGUGCUUGGAGCCGAAGAUGCAAAGAACAACGGCGGUGGGGGUAGCUAUAGCAAUGGGGAGGACAGAAGCCUUCACAGUGAUGACAGAAGCAGCUACAUUGGAGAUGACAAGAGCUACAACAGUGAUGAUCAAUACAGCAAAGAUGACAGGAGCUACAACAGCAAACAGGAUUCGAAAGCAUCUGACCCAUCCCACUCACCAUCAAACAAAGACGAAACCAAGGACAACACCAAUGAAUGGCCAAUGCAAAGGGAGUCAAAUAAUGAACCUGACGAAGGGAGGAAGGCUUCUCUUCCACAAAGCCCGCUGGCAGAUGAUCGCAGCACAGGGAGAUACUCAAGCGAGGGUAGUCGCAGCUACUACAGUGAUGAGGAAGACCGAAGUCGUUACAGUGAUGACAGAAGCAAGUACAGCCAAGAUGACAGGAGCUACAACAGUGACGACAAAAGCCGAUACAGUCAAGACAACAGGAGCUAUGACAGCAAACAGGAGUUCAAAGCAUCUGACCCCUCCCACUCACCACCAAACAAAAGUGAAACAAAGCACAACAUUGCUGAAUCACCAGGCAAGGGGGAGUCAAAGGGCCAUCUUGACCUAGCUGACCUGGGAUGGGAAGUUUCGCCUCCUCAAAGCCCAGCAAAUGAUCAAGGCAGCAGAGGGAGAUACAGCAGUGAUGGAAGCGGCAGCUACUACAGUGAUGAAAACAGAAGCCAUCACAGCGACUACAGCGAUCAGGACAAGAGUUUCGACAGUAGAGACGGUGACAGCCAAUACAGUGACAGGAUGUCAGAGUCUUCUCGAUCCUUCGACUCGGCAGUGGAAGAAGUCAUAACAGACAUUGAGAGACUCGCUGAACUCGGCACUGAUAUCGAUGUCUUGGAAGAAAUGUACAGUCCCGAACUUGUGGCAAAAGUGAUGCAGCGAAACAAAGCACAACCGCAACAGGACGUCACCAGUGACGAUUCCGUGUACUCUUCCCAUGAGCGGAGUGGGCAUGAAACCACCCGGAUUGAUGGCAGCUUUGACGCUGAAGAAGGCCGCGAAACGUACUCCGAUAACGAUAGCAUUGACUCGAGAGCAAGUGAGUCUGCUAGCGACAGAGGAAGUAUGGCCUCCCAACAUGAUGAAGUGGAUGAAGGGAUGUCAGAUGAGAGUGAUCCUCAAGGUGCCAAUAGAGCUUCGCCACCGCAACCUGCAAAUCAAGCAAAACCAGAAACCGUAUCAGAAGUCAGUUCGACCCCCCGCAACCUGCAACCGAGUGCCGCUGCACAGAAUGCAGGCAAUGACCAAAACGAUGACCAUAGCUCAUUCGAUGAUGAUCCCGACACGGGGUCUGGAUCAAGCUUCAGUUCGAGAGCCAGUGACGUAAAGGCAAAUGAAAACUCAAAAGCCGAUGUCGUUGUUGCUUCAACAGGAACGGGAAGCUCUGGAAAGGGGCAGGAGACCAAGCGAAGCUUCUUCGACGAUUCUUCCGAAUCGGGAUCAAGUGUUGAUUCUCGCGUCAGCGACUCUGAUGUUGAGGAACCAAACAAGAGAACAGCAGCCGUGACUAGCGAAAAAUCUGCAAAUGUUUCCAACCAAGACGAUACCAAUGAUGACGAAGACGAAGAUAAAUGGAAAGCUGACAACGAGCAAGGUCGAGCCGCAGACACGGAUUUGUUUCCAAGUGAUACAUCUGAAGCUUUGAACACGGCCCCAGUUCACGUUGACGAUGAAGUAGAAAGAUCACCGCAAGACAAUAGUACUGAUUAUGGCUCCGACCUCAGUAGUUCGUUUGGCAGCCUCGAAUCUGAGUCUGCUACCAGCGACUUCGUCGGUUCCAGAGUCGAGAGAAAUGACCGCGAAGAGAGCAUUGGCGACGUAUCUGAUAACAUUUCUGCUUCAAGUCGCGAGAGUACAGAAAGGUCAUUCGACAGAGGUGACCAGGGCGAAUCCAUUCACGACGAUAGCGUGUCGGAAGGAUCCCACGAGCAAGGAUCAGAAGGCAGUUUCGAUGAACAAGGAUUUGACCCAUCUGAUGGCGGGGCAAAUCCAGGUGCAGCAGACACUGCAAAACCCGGUCCACACGAACCACGUGCUUCCGAAGUCUUUGCGGCAAUUAGUGACUUGUACGAAGGUGGCACUGACCGGAUGGUGCUAGACUCAAUGUUUUCUCCCGAAGAUGUAGCGCGUGUGAUUGAUGGUGCAGGGGCCACCAAAGAGGUGCCGCGAAGAGGUGCUAAUGACAUCGAUCGAGGAGACUCGGUUGGGCCACAUCAGGCGCCCCAAGAACACGGCGACGACGAUCACUCGGAAUACAGUGGUAGUUCGGAGUACAGUUCCGAAGAGGCGAGCUCAGAAGAGGAUCGUUUAGCGGCAAUGUGGGGCGGAACUGCGCACAGGAAAGACGAAGACAAAGCAAGUGACGCCGGCAUUCCGGAACCAGACAUGGACUUCGCGGCCGAUGACGUGUCGAUGGCUGGUUCUGACAUUAGCGCCGAAAGCGCACAAAGUCAUGAAAAAGACGUUGUCUCGAGUGGCAAAGCAUUGCCAACCGCAGAUCAAGAAGAGGCGGCUUCAAUUAAAGAGCUCCACAUUGCUGGGACUCGCAGAAGCGUUCUUGAAGGGUUGUUUGACCCAGGCGUUGUGUCGGGUGUUCUUUCUGCGGUUGAGAAUCGUAGUGACGGGUCAGACUCCGGUUCAGACGAUGAAAGUCAUCUCCAAACUGAGUUUGAGGCCGACAGGGGAGCAGCAGGUGGACAUGCAGACGCUUCGGAGUACAGGCGAGAGCCACCGUUGGAAGAAAGUCGCCACGACAUCGGCGUCAAUGAUGUUGAAGGAUCCGCAUCAACUGACUAUGGGUCAGAUUUGAGUUCAGAGGAGAGCCCCAGUAUGCAUCGGCCUAAUGCUGCUGCUGAACCGCCUGGUGAUACGUUUCAAGCGAACGAUGGAUCCCAUUCAAAUUUUGGCUCAGAGGGAGACUAUAGUGGGUCAGACUUCACGGGUUCCCCACAACAAAGCCAUUAUGAUGCAACAGCGUCCCCAAAUGGUAGAUCGGACAUGCGACAAGGCGAUGAUGGAUCAGCAUCAAGCUACUACAGUUCAGAGCCCAGUUCAGGGCAGAGCCAUGGGGAACAAAGGCAAAUCACAACCGCCACGAGGCCUCGCACAGACACCGCCCCAUCUCCGGAAUCAAACAUGGUGGAUGACAGAUCAUCAUCAAGCUACUACAGUUCAGAACCAAGUUCAGGGCAAAGUCACAGUGGCAAAGGGUCUAAGUAUAGUGGUGCCGAGCCAUCGGAUAGGCACGAAAGUCACCAUGAUGCAUCAGCUGCUCCAAAAACUGAAUCAAAAGAGUUUGGUGGUGACGGUUCAUCAGAAUCGUCCUAUUUUUCGGAAGAAGCAAGUUCACGAGGAAGUCGGUAUGAGGCGACGAUGGACAGCCAACAUAGUGCUGCAGCAGCACGCACCGGGUCCCAUCAAGAUGACAGAGCGAAUCAAGAGUCAACGCAAGUUGACGACCGCUAUCGCGAAUCUGGUGUGUUUGGAGAAGAAUCGUCAAACUUUGGCUCGGAUUCCAGCUCUGUGGAGAAUCGUUCUGCAGGCAUAUGGCGUGGAGGUAGGAAACAAGAGCAACAAAAGUACACGGAUAACCAAGACGAAUCGGAACACGUGACUGCCGAAACAACAAACGAUUUUGCAGACCAUUGGCCCAUGGAAAAAGAACCUCUUAGCGAGGAUGAUAGAGCGGCGAUUCGGGCCUUGUUCGAAGCCGGCACGGACAGGGAUAUUCUGCACAACAUGUUUAGACCGGACCAGAUCGACAGUGUAGUUCGAGAAAUGGAAGAAUCCGGUCACCAAAGCAUUCAGGGGAGUCUUUCCGACGAUAGUGCGGGGAGCGGAAUACUGUCUGUUGAGUCAUACAGUAGAGAAGAAUCGAUCCGAACAAUUCGGGAUCUGGACGCAGCUGGAACUGAUAGAAAGGCACUGGAGAGUAUGUUCAGUCCUGACCUAGUGGCCCAAGUUCUAGAUGGAAGAACGCAACAAGGUGGAAAACAGGAAAGACGUGGGUUCUUCUCAGACGAGGAAGACUCAUCCGAGUACGGAUCUUCGCAAAGCCCCCUUGAGUCAUCGCAGAGCUCACGAGACAACGAAUCAUCUCACUUGCCCAAAGAUAGAAGCCAGACCAAGAGAACGAUAAGAGAUCUGGACGAUGCAAAUACUGAUAGAGCCGCUCUGGAGAGCAUGUUUGGCUCUGAGGCGGUUACCAGAGCGCUGGAUCAUUCCUCUGCUUCGCGGUCAGGUUCUGGUGGUAGCUCCGGACACUCGUCCAGUCAAAGUGGCUUCGGGUUCUUUGCUGACAGACAAGACAAAGCACGAGAUGAGCAGAAUUCUGGAUCAAGUCCUGCAAAGGAGACGAGGGCGAGCACCGACGUGGACAAGAAGGAACCCCCAGAGCGCAAGUCUCAACCUUUGAAUGAAGGUUCUGAUUCCAGUUCCUAUUUCUCCUCCGAGGGAAGCAGUAGCGAUUUCGGAUUCCAACGAAGGGUUUCCAAAUCUGACGGGGGAAUGGCUGCGAGUGUGGCAGAUUCGCAAAACUUGGAGCCUUCAAACCCCCUUGAUACAGAAUUACAGCAGACGCUUGACACUGACAUUGACGUUGCUUCUGCGGCACGCAAUGUUCAUGAUUCUGAGAUUGAUCCUUUCGACGCUGUCCACGAUGCAUCCGCCGAUGAUGCAGACGAUCCUUUUGCCGACGUCAACGAUCCGUUCGCUGAUGAUGAGGACGAGCACCCAACUCUCACAAUGCAAGAGAACUCCAAAGAUACUCCCGAAGGAAACUUCACAUGGCAGGAUCCGGGGGCCGAGGAGGAGCUACACUCAAAGCCCCAAGUUACGGCCGAGGGAAAAAUCGACGCGGACAUUCGGUACUGGCUUGAUUCGGAUACGCCGAUGUCGGUACUUGAGACAAUGUUCAACUCCGAAGAUAUUCGUCGAGUUGCCUCUGAACGAAACACCUUGUCUCGGUCAGUCGACCCAGCAGUGGAUCUUGUUAGUUUGUUUAGUGAAGGGAUUCAAGAGACCGAGGACUUUCCCGGCGAACCCACGGCUGAGUUGCCCCUCCCAAUGGAGGAUAUCUCGGAUGAGGAGAAUCCAAACCAGCAGUUGGAUGAUGAUAUCAGGUACUGGCUUAAUCAAGGUACUCCCUUGUCCGUGGUCGAGAAUAUGUACAGCGUCGAAGAUGUGGCUAGAGCGAUGAGAGGCAAACAGAAGGAUGAACCAGGGCGACCAACCGCAGAGGAAAGAAAGAGCAACGAAGACGCAAAUGAGCCAGAAUCAAACGGACAAAAUAUGUCCAGGAGUGAAGGAAGCCAGACAUCGGAUCGGAUUAUUGGCAAGCAGCUGCCUGCCUCGCCAGGGUCAUCUGUGUCAAAGAGCAGCAAGGCUUCCAGAGGCGAUAUCAGUAGUACGCGAGCGGUUAAGGGGAAGAAAGGGAAGAAACCAUCACCAAAAUCUAGUAAGGGCGGGGUAAGGACGAUUCUGAACGAAGAACUCUCUUCUACUCUUUUGUCCUUGAAGGACGACCUGGAGGAAGUGGGGUCGAAGAACAGCCAGCUCGAGGCUUUGGUCGCUAAGUUGGAAUCAGAGAAGGCGGAACUGGUUGCCCGCCUGGAAGAAUUCGAUACUGUCAGAGAAGAAAACCGCGCACUCAAGAAGGAAAACAAAAAUCUGAACAAGAAAGUCACAAAACACGAAGGCGAGGAGGAGGAAGAAUCCAAAUCAGCAAAGAAAGCAUUGAAGAAAGAGAACAAGAAGCUUAUCAAGAGAGUCACAAAGUACAAGAGCAAGAAGAAUGAGCAGGAAUCCCAGGUAGCAGAGUCAAAAUCAGCAAACAAAGCACUCAAGAAGGAGAACAAGAAGCUGAAGAAGAGAGUCUCCAAGAUUGAAGGCCAGCAGGAAUUGGAGACGGUGCAGCAAGAAAACUUGACCACUGACGAAAGACUCAUGAAAAAGAUGGAGAGAUUGGAGCGACAAGCAGCUCACUCCAAGAAGCAUCUUCACAAUGCGAAGAAACGAAUCAAAGCAUUAUCAGAGGAAGUCGCAGCCACCAAGGAAAAUAAUUCUGUACUGGAACGAGAUGCAGAAGCCUACAAAAAGUUGGCGGAUUCCAAGAUAGAAUCAUACAAAGAGAUUCUCAAUGAAUCGAACAAAGAAAUCAAGCUGCUGAAUGGAAAGAAUGAGUCUCUGGCAAGUACUAUCUCGAUGCUGGCUGAGAAGGGAGCUGAGUAUUCAAAGCAACUUACACAAGCGAAUCAAAGGAUACAAGUAUUGGCCGAUGAGAACAAGGCGCUUGUCGGAGGGCUCGACAAGAGCCUUCAUCAACAGGAAGAGCUGCACGCGACAAUAGCAAGAAUGAAAGAGGAUUGGAAGAAGAGAGAAGAGGACAUCUACGAGACGUUUGGAAAAGAAAUGCAGGAACGGAUUGAUGAGAAAACGGUCGAGUGUGAGGAGAAACUGCAGGAAGCUUCUGCCGAGGUCGAGCAGAUUACGGAGGAAAGGGACCAGCUGGCUUCCGAGCUAGAGCUUCUCCAAGACCUUGCAAUCGACAGGAAGCACUUGCUGCUUGAUGUCAACGACAAGUUACGGUAUUCCGCAGUUGAAAACUUGGAGCUGAUGGAAAAGUGUGAACGGACUUCCAAAAAGUGCGAGAUGCUUUCGACCGCAAUGGAAGGGCUCGAGAUUGCUUCGGAAGAAAAAGACAAAGAGGUUGAAGCACUAAACGAGAGUGUGGAUCAGCUCAAGACGGAUCUUGCAGGUGCGUAUGAAGAAAUCUGGAGUCUGGAACAGGAGCGUGACGAAUUGCAUGACAAAGUUCGCGACUUGGACUUUCAUGCCGGUAAAUACAAAUCCACACUCGAGGACGCGUAUGAGGAAUUGGAUAUCAUCGCGGCCGAAAACAAAGACCUCAAAUCUAGCUUGUAUCAGAGCAUGGACGAGUGUCAGAAUCUUCGAGACGCCAAAGAUAUCGCUGAGCGUUCCUUGCAAACAACCGAGCGGAACAUCCAAUCGUUCCAUGAAAUUCUCAACGAAACCAAGGAAGAUAUGGACUUCAUCUCAGCGGAAAACAAGGUGCUCCUUGAACAGGAGCUGUAUGCUAGACCCAAGCGUAUGCGUCAUUACUAUGACACCGGCACGGCUGGUGGUGGCAGGCAAUACUGA